UCAUUUUUUUAUUGAAACUGAGAGUUUCUAUACAAGUUCAAAUUCGUGUCGUUGCAUGUUAAAAGAUAAGAUACCGGGUACUGCUGUUCCAUUCCAGAAUAUCUCUGCUUAUCAUUUCAGGAUGUUUUUGACAUUUGCUUUACUGAUGAUCACAAUACAAUGUGGAUUGUGUGACAAGGUAUCACCUCUGAAAUUAUUCAGAGAGGAUUACAAAAGCGUGGAAGAGACCUGUCUGGCUGUUGGAUUUAUCAGAAACAACUGUAGAAAUGAUUCUAGGACGUCUAAGACAAGUGAAAGUCAUCUAAAUGAUAAGUAUCACCGAGUGGUUGCUUUUGAUGUUCGAUUAAAAGAUCAUAAAAGAAAUCUUGCCACAAAAGCACGGGUUGUGUUCGAAACGGUUGAUCUGAACGAAGGACAGGGAUACAACGCCUCUACCGGAAUCUUUACGGCUCCUAGCGGCGGGAUAUACGCGUUUGAUUGGACAACUCUUACAUGGAAAGGUCAAUAUGCCCACACUUCACUUGUAGUGAACGACCAGUAUAAGUCAUGGAACCAUUGUCACGAUGUGAUUUCUAAGACAUGGCUUCCUUGUAGCAAAAUGACAAUAGUGAAGCUAAAGCAAGGAGAUAAAGUUUGGAUUGGUGUUUUCAGUGGAACAGCUAAUAUGUAUCAGAAGUAUACAUCAUUUUCUGGUUAUAAACUGUAAUCAAAAUUCACACUGAAAGCUUUUUAAGCAUUUCAAGCGAUGUUUCAGAUAUUUUGCGGAUCAUUCUUGUCUGGUGUUCUUUUAAUAAAUAUUUGAUACACGACA